GCUUCCCCACGGUUCUUCAGUAUCGUGUGGUAUCUUCGUAAGAGUAACCGUGCGCGGAGAGUUGAGAACGACCGAGUGGAACAAUUGUUCGUUCCACAAGUGUUCUCAUAGCAAUGCUGAUGGAAUACAGUUCGGAUAUUGUUGGUGUGCUCGCGAAAUUGGUGUAAAGCUUUUAUACCGAAGAAGAUUAUUAAUGUCUCUCCGACUUGUGUAUUCUCGUGCCAAGAUUAUCUCAUGUUCUUUUCAAAACUACCGAGUUCAGUUUUUUUUUUUGUAAAGCAGAUAUUUUUGAUUAACGAUCCGCGAACAGAGAGAUUAAUGAUCCCGGGUUGACCGUGCACGUGCCUUCGACACACGAUGAAGAUUACGGCGGCGUCGUUGACCGUGAUCGCCUGUUUGCUCGGUGCGGUCGAUGGAGCCAGGAUACUGGCGGUAUUUCCCUUGCAUGUGAAGAGCCACUACAACGUGUAUGAGCCGCUGCUGAAGAGGCUCUCCGCGAGAGGUCACGAGAUCGUCGCGGUGACGCACUUCCCUCAGAGGAUUCGCCUGGCCAACUUCACCGACGUGGACAUUUCGUCCAGUCUGCCGAGUAUGGUUGGCACUCGUCCGUUCAACGACAUACAAAAUUACACGAUUUGGCAGAAUAUUAGGAACCUGCCCUACCGACACGGCGUCGAAAUCUGCGAGCCGGUGCUGAAGCAUCCGGAAGUGAAGAGGAUCAUCGAGACGCGGCAGCGCUUCGAUUUGCUCGUGAUCGAGAUUUUUGCCACCGAUUGCUUCUUGAGCUUCGCUCAUGCUUUAAGCAUACCCAGAGUAGUUGGCGCCAUCAGCAGUGUCACGUUGCCGUGGUCGAACGAGAUCCUGAGGAAUCCGGAGAAUCCGAGUUACAUCCCCAAUUGGUUCAGCCCUUAUACCGGCAGAAUGAGUUUUCUUGAAAGGUCGAUUAACACGGCUGGUCUACUCAUCACCAAACUGGCUUAUAGGAUAUUUUCCGACGGGCCGAGCUAUGAGAUCGCGAGAAAGUACUUCGGGGACGAUUUGCCCGACUUCGACGUCCUUCGGUCCAGGAUAUCGUUGAUCCUGACGAACGGGCAUCCGGCCGUGAGUGUAGCGCGUCCUCUGGCGCCAGGAUUUAAGGAAAUCGGAGGUAUUCAUAUCCCGAUAUCGGGUCCGCAGCCAGUGGCCGUGGAUCUUCAGGAUUAUCUGGACUCGCAUGGCGAGAACGGUGUUAUUUACUUUAGUCUGGGAUCUCUAAUGGACCCGUCCACUAUGCCGAAGCAGGUGUUUGCCGCCCUUUACCGGGCAUUCGAGCAAGUACCGCAGCAAAUACUGUGGAAAUGCGCCGAACGGAGUAUGCCCUCCCCGCUGCCGCGCAACGUUAAGUGCGUCGAAUGGAUGCCGCAGCUCUCCGCAUUGUGCCACCCGAAUACGCGACUCUUCAUCACUCACGGAGGGAUGCUGGGGAUACAAGAAGCGGUUUAUUGUGGGGUGCCGAUCUUAGGAAUGCCCCUCUACGGCGAUCAGCACUUGAACAUGGCCUACUUGGUGGAAAAGGGACUGGCGCUGCGCUUGAAUUUCCAGGACUUUUCGUACGAGCAGUUGCGGAGCAAUUUGAAUGAACUGCUAACGAACAAGAGUUACACGGAAAUGGCACAGAAAGCUUCCUUUGAAUUUAAAGAUCGCCCGAUGCCGCCAUUAGAGAAAGCCGUUUAUUGGGUGGAACACACGCUUCGCCACGAUGCGAAUUUUUUAAAAAUGGGAGCUACGGAAUUAACGUGGUAUCAGUAUCUGCUGCUGGACGUUGCUUUGGUAAUAACGCUCAUAGGAGUGUUUACAGUUUGGUUAAUUUAUGUGGUGUUCCGUCCGUUGUAUUAUAAACGGAAAAGAAUUAUUAUUAAUAGAAGAAGCAAUGUGCUAAAGAAAAGUGAUAUCGUAAAUAAAAAAAGUGUUUUCAUAAAUAAAAAAGUACAUUAACUUUUGAAAAAUACUAAUUUUUUUGUAAAAUUAGA